AUGGCUUCGAUUCUACGCUCCAGGGUGGGCGUGAGAGCUGCUGCUGCGCGGGUCCAGGGUGCCAGAUGCUUCAGCAACACCCCCCGGCUCGCCGCUGCUGAGAAGCCCUUCUUCGCCAACGAGCCAGAGGGGCCUACGGUGAAGACUGCUAUCCCGGGACCCAAGAGCAAGGAGGAGAUCACCAAGCUUGACCGGGUGUUCGAUACCAGGAGUCUGAACAUGCUGGUCGACUACCAAAAGUCCACGGGCAACUACAUUGCAGACCUCGAUGGAAACGUCCUGCUUGAUGUAUUUGCCCAAAUCGCCUCUAUCCCUGUAGGCUACAACAACGCGGCAUUGCUUGCUGCCACAAAGACCACCGAUAUGGCCAGUGCUCUCAUCAACCGUCCCGCACUCGGUAACUUCCCUUCCCACAACUGGGCAAGCAUCCUGGAGACCGGUCUCCUGCGUGUUGCCCCCAAGGGUCUCGACCAGGUCUUCACCUCCACCACCGGCUCUGAUGCCAACGAGACCGCCUACAAGGCCGCCUUCAUGUACUAUGCCCAGCGCCAGCGUGGUGGGCCCGAGGCUGAGUUCUCCGCCGAGGACGUCUCCUCCACCAUGGUCAACCAGGCUCCCGGUUCCCCCAACUACUCCAUCAUGUCCUUCACCUCCGGCUUCCACGGCCGCCUCUUCGGCUCUCUCUCCACCACUCGCAGCAAGGCCAUCCACAAGCUCGAUAUCCCGGCCUUUGACUGGCCCCGUGCUCCGUUCCCACAGCUCAAAUACCCUCUCGACCAAUUCGCCUCUGAAAACGCAGCAGAGGAACAACGCUGUCUCGAGGAAGUCGAGAGAACCAUCCAAGAGUUCCACAACCCCGUCGUUGCCGUGGUCAUCGAACCCGUCCAAUCUGAGGGAGGAGACAACCACGCCUCCCCAGCCUUCUUCCAGGGCCUCCGUGAGGUCACCAAGCGCAACAAUGUCCUUUUGAUCGUCGACGAAGUACAGACUGGUGUUGGUGCAACCGGUAAAUUCUGGGCCCAUGAGCACUGGAACCUCUCCACCCCACCAGACAUCGUCACCUUCUCCAAGAAGGCACAGGCUGCAGGCUACUACUUUGGCAACCCAGCCCUCAGGCCCAACAAGCCUUACAGACAGUUCAACACUUGGAUGGGUGAUCCCGCACGCGCACUCAUCUUCCGCGCCAUCAUCGAGGAGAUCGAGCGACUGGAUCUCGUCAAGCAUACCGCCCAGACGGGAGAUUAUCUGUUCGCCGGCCUCGAGCGACUGGCUGAGAAGUAUCCCGACCAGUUCCAGAACCUGCGAGGAAAGGGCCAGGGCACGUUCAUCUCUUGGGAUAGCCCUCAGCGUGAUGCGGUGUUGAAGCGCGGCAAGCAGGUCGGUAUCAACGUCGGUGGAUGCGGCGAGUCCGCCGUGCGACUGAGACCCAUGCUGGUGUUCCAGAAGCAUCACGCGGAUAUCCUGCUCGAGUCGUUGGAGAAAAUCGUCAAGCAAUAG